GUAGGUGGGAUGCUCUCAGCAGCACAGCUGACUUUGUGUUUGCGCUGCGCUCGGAUCCUGAUCCAGAAUGAGGCGCCUCCUGCUAUCACCUUGCGUUGCACCGCUUCAACAAAAGAGAGAAAAACAAAUGGAAUCUCCGCAGUGAUUCGUGAACGUCCUCUGCGUUGCAUUUCCAAAGCGCGCUUUAAGUGUCUUCCUCUCAGUAAGGGAUUAGAGAAACCAGAUAAAGAGCAGCGCAAACACUCUGCCGGCGUCUGCAAACAGGUGUUUCCAUCGUAUGGCUGCGCGCUGAGCUCCAUUCACGGCUGUCUGCCUGCACGACCACCAUGUGCGCGGCCAUGUAGUGUAGUGGGAUGAUGCAAAACUGCUUACCGGGACUGGGUUUGUGCGUAUUUGUUGUGCCACAGAAAAAAUGAUACAGUUGGAGGAACAUGCAGCGUGCUGUGGUCAAAAUCUUUGUAACGCUUCGGGUGGAACGUGUGGUUUUUAUUUUUUGUUAAAUUUCUCUUUUUUCUCGGAGAUACAACAGACAAUUCCUGAAUAACGUCUAAAUUCACGACAAAAUGAUUCAUUUGGACAUUAUCUAACUGGCUUUACCGCACCUCUGGGACUAUUCCAUUACACUGUUUAGUGCACUUUGCAAAUUCUUUAUUUUACGCAUCGUUGUUGCCUCAGAUUGUUGGACAUUUCCCUUCAGAAUCCAAUUUUCUGGAUUCAGAGGGGGUGAUUAUAUUCACGCUUCUCUGGAAGUUUUCUCCAGAGCGCUGCCAAACUGGCUAUGGCGGCAGCGAUUGCCAGCUCCCUCAUCCGGCAGAAAAGGCAGGCGAGGGAGCGGGAGAAGUCUAAUGCCUGCCGCUGCGUUAGCAGCCCCAGUAAAACCAAAGGAAGCUGUGAAAAACCCAGCCGACUGAACGUUUUCUCACGGGUCAAACUCUUUGGUUCCAAGAAGAGGCGAAGGAGACGACCAGAGCCCCAGCUGAAGGGGAUUGUGACGAAGCUCUACAGUCGACAAGGUUUCCACCUGCAGCUGCAGGCAGAUGGAACCAUUGAUGGGACAAAGGAGGAGGAUAAUGGUUACACCAUGUUCAACCUUAUUCCAGUGGGGCUGCGAGUGGUGGCCAUCCAGGGGGUGCAGACCAAACUUUAUCUGGCUAUGAACAGUGAGGGCUACCUGUACACAUCAGAACACUUUACACCAGAGUGCAAAUUCAAGGAGUCGGUGUUCGAGAACUAUUAUGUGACAUACUCCUCCAUGAUAUACCGGCAGCAGCAGUCGGGCAGGGGCUGGUACCUCGGUCUGAACAAGGAAGGAGAAAUCAUGAAGGGGAAUCAUGUCAAGAAGAACAAGCCAGCAGCCCACUUCCUACCCAAACCUCUAAAAGUGGCGAUGUACAGAGAGCCAUCUCUACAUGACUUGACAGAGUUCUCUCGCUCUGGCAGCGGCACGCCCACCAAGAGUCGGAGUGCCUCAGCCGUCCUCAACGGAGGAAAAGCCGUGAGCCAGAAUGAGUCGACGUAGCCCGGUAGCCAAACCCAGGCCUGGGGCCGAACCACGAAACCUUACCUCUAGCAGAGCGUGAAUCCAAGCAGACUUGUUUCUCCGAUCAGCGGUUCAGAACUAGCGACGACAACAAACCACACAUAAAACGCCCAGACACCAUCAAUUAAAAACAGCUAGGUACCAUCCUGGUCAGUCAUCAUCAAAAAAAAAGCAUCAAUAGUAAGAAUUAACAGCACAUAGAUCAUUUUGGAUUUCAAAAAAAAAAUGAAUGAGAAUUUUUGUUUUGGGCUUGAGAUUUAUUUAUUAUCUUGGUCAUUCUCUUUUGGUGAUGAUCGCAUACCAGUUAGCUCAUCUUUAUCUUAUUUUGUUCUUACUUAAUUUCCUGUGGACAAUAACUUUUCUUAGGUCAUGCAAACACCAAGCAGUCGUGCAUCUGUCAGGCAGGGAUGGGAAGGUAGACGUGCAGUUGUUCAGGGCAGCCAGUAAUGGUGCUGGUCUACAAGGCUGCAGUGGUACAGAACAAGCCCUGAUCUCUGUCUCAUCCAUGCUUCUGUGAAUACAAAGCCUAUAAACUCCCUGGUGAGGCACAGCCUAGUGCUGCUGGGACUGUGGCCAGCCAGAUGGUAGCUCUCCUGCGUCCUAGUGCACACGCUCAGAGACUCAGCUCUCUAGCAUGGGAAAAUGAAGCCUAUGUUCAACUGACCUGAAAUAUAAAGGGACAGUGUGGCUCUCUUGCAGUUUUUCUUUUUUUUUUCAUUUUAGAGAUGCCACAGCUGCACCUUGUUUUCGCUAAUUUUAUGAAUUAGCCGAGAGCUUUUUAUUUGAUAACUGGUUUUGUUUUUUUGUCCCCUCUUGUUCUCUUCCCUUGCCAUUGUUCAGUAUUUGUAUUUUUGUUCAUUGUAGAAAAGGGUUCCAGCAAACCAAAGACAGAACGAAGAGUGUCCCUUUAAGCCGCUGAAAACCAAGCCAGUAUAAAGGCAAAGCUGGAUUUUUUUUUUUCACUGUACAUUUUUGAUGAAAGAAAGCAAAGAUUUUGUUGGGGGAAUAACGAACAAUGGACAAAGGAAAUGAUGUUAAACAUUUUGGAGUUGGCAGCGUGCUUCAUGUUGUGCUUUUAGCUGAUAUGCUCAAUGACCGAGGUAUGAAACGACUAUUCUGUCCCCAUUCCCUUCUGUUACCACUGUGUCACAAUGUCUCUAGCUCUUGUCCUCGUGAUUCGUUUCCUCCCUCUGUGCUUGUGUCAUACUUCGACUCCCCCAGCCAUCCCUUUUUGUCAACUUCUACUGACUGAUACAGUUCACCAUAUGAAUAUGGUGAGAGCUCCCUUUCCCAGGAUGCUUGUUAUGUGUUUGAGUAACUUAUUGUGGUGACAAUAUUUUCUAUAUUAAAAAAAAAAAGAAUACUGUGGACUUUUAGGUGGCUUAACAUUUUAUAGGACACGUCAUAUUUGUAAACGUGAAAAAAAAAGACAAAAACAUACAAAAAUGGACAUCUUCCCUUUCUUGCACAGGGCAUGUACAAACACAAAUAUGUACAAAAAGGACCCUUUUUGUGGGCUAUGUACUCUUCCCUUCAGCUACAUAACUUGUUUCUGGUACAUGCUUCUGGGAGACUUUGUUUUCUGGGUUUCCUCUGGAGGUAGUCUGUAUUAGGUGAACCUAUCUGUUGCAUGGGAGAAAGCAGGGAAAUUCUGGUCUAGGGCUGCAUGAUGUAGGCUAUGUGUAUUAACCCAUGUUGGAUCAUGUGUUCCAAACUACCAGGCUAAAUCUGAUAAAACAACAUACACAGACGGACAUGGUGGCUGUCUGAUAACUUCCAGUUGUUUAUUAUUUGUUGUAUACACAAAAAUGCACUGAAUAAAAUGUUUAUAUUAAGAUAUACUUUUAA